AUGCAAAAUCAGCCACCUGCCUAUGGUUAUAAUCAAGUUCCGAUGGGUGCGAUUACAACUCAACCAGGAGUUCAGGUUCCAGCAGUUCCAGGAGGUAAAUUUUAUGGAUUUUGCUCAUUUCUAGAGCUCUAAUUUGACCCCAAAUAAGCCCAGGUUUCAAAAAAAAAACCAUGCGGCACUAUUGCAAAAGUGGGCGUGGCCUAAAAAUCGGGAAUUUUCUGAGAAAGAAGAAGAUUACAAGUGUUCAUAAAAAAUUCGGAAAAUUUCCACUUCCUGGUGAUAAGAAAAAGUGUUCCUUCGUUAUCAAUUUUAUUGGGGAAAAAAGUGGGCGGAGCCUAAUUUCUGGCUCUCUGGAAAUGUUUUGAUCUUCUUAUUUAGCUCAAGAGCUCUCGAUUGACACCGAACAAUAUUGAAAACCGUGCCGCAAAAUUCAGGACACGCCCACUUUUGCAAUUUCGCCGCAUGGUUUUCACCGCAAGAACCAAACCUAGCCUUAUGGGAUAUCAAAAUGAAGCAAAUCUCCUGACUUUUUCAGCUGUAUGGAUGCCGAUGCCUCAACCAAUGUCCGGUGUCCCAGCGGGACUCGAAUAUUUGACAUAUUUGGAUCACGUAGUUGUAAAACAAAUCAAAGAGUUGCUCGAAAUCAUGACAGAUUGGGAGACAAAAAAUCGAUAUGUAUUGAGGAAUGCGAAUGGUCAACAAGCAUAUUAUGCAUUUGAGGAAUCGAGUUGUUGUGAGCGACAAUUUUGCGGAAAUCAAAGAGGAUUUGUGAUGCAUAUUGUGGACAAUUUUAAGAGGGUUUGUGGAUUUUUGAGUUCAGGCGGGAAUUUGGAGCAUUUUGAGCCCAAAUAUGACUAUAUUCAUACUCAAAAUGCUCCGAAUUUCACAAAAAAUCCUAAAUUUAAUUCUAGGAAGUUCUGGAAAAUGAAAUUUGGAGCAUUUUGAUAUCAAACAUAGGAUAUUUUUGAUUUUUCACAUAAAUAGGUUAUGUGGGGAUUCAAAAUGCUCCAAACUCCAUUGGGAGCCUCAAAAUCACUCUCAAAAACCCUGAAUUCAAUUCUAGGAAGUUCUGGGCUCCCAGAGCUUAUCUCCAUGAAAUUUGGAGCAUUUUGAUAUCAAACAUGACCAUAUUUAUACUCAAAAUGCUCCAAAUUUCAUGAAUAUUCCUGAAUUUAAUUGUAGGAAGUGCUGACAAUCACACGCGAAUUCAAAUUCUGUGGUGGAGGUUGUGGCGGCUGUUUUGCAUGCAUCGGAUGCUGUCAACAAGAAGCCAAGAUCAUUUCACCAGCACACGGUGUUUUGGGUGAAAUUCGCCAACGUGGCGCAUGUAUGGCUUCAUGUUUUGAUGUUUUGGACGCGGAUGGAAAUGUUAUUUUGAAAAUUGAUGGACCGUGUUGUUGUAAUAUGAUUGGAUGUAAUGAUAAGGAGUUUCCUAUUAAAACGAAUGGUGGAGAAACGAUUGGUGCAAUCACCAAGAAAUGGGGUGGAUGUUUCCGCGAGGCUUUUACUGAUGCUGAUGUUUUCCAAGUUAAUUGUAAGGUUUUAUGGGGAUUUUGGGGAGUGAGGGGGAUUUUUUGAUACCAAACAAGCCCCGCCCAUUUUGCAAGCCUGGCACACUUUCCUCAGGCUUGUUUGGUGUCAAAAUACUCCAAAAAUCAAGCUUCUUGCAGUUCCCAUGGAUCUCGACGUCAAAAUCAAAGGAGUCCUCCUUGGCGCCACAUUUUUGAUCGAUUUCAUGGAAUUCGAACAGCAAUCCAACAACAGAUCGAGUUAGUCUAACUCUAACCAGAGAAAUGUUGCUGUUUUUUGCCUUUUACACGUUUCUUGUGAUGUUAGCCUAACUACUAUAUGUGCAUAAUUACUUAUAUAUAAUCAAGAUUUGCUUUAAUAUAUUUUUCGGUAUGUGCUUUUUCUCACAAAACUUCAAGUUUUACGAAAAUUUUGAAUUUUCAGACGAUUCCCGCCCAUUCUUCAAUUUCUCUUCAACAAAUUGA